UAGACCCUUUUCAUAAAUACGCCGCCUGGCGGUGAGCUUUUCGUCAGUUUCGAUUUUGCAAAGGCUUCUGGGAUAGAAGCCGCCAUGUAUAGGGCGGGUGGUGUGUGAUGGCGUGAGGCCGUCCGUGCGCCGUCUUGUGUGUCCGCGCGUGCUUCCAGCCGACUCUCCUCUGUUUCCGAAAUCCACCGCGCCUUGCUUGCCUUGCUUUGCGAAAUAGGUGUGCUGUACUACGGCGUUGUGAUGGCCGACCCACCGACUGGUUGGACCAACGAUUUGGCGCGGCUGCCGCGAGUGUUAAGAUCUGAGCUGGAUCAGCUGGCGGCAGCUUCGGCAUCGACGAAAAAAGCUCGUCGGAACUACAAGCUCCUGACUGAAAGCUACGUCGUAGCGUCGUCCAUAAGUGCCUGUUACGACCAACAAAUGCAGUCCACAUUCUUCGUACAGGGAAGGUGCUACCGGAGCCAGAAAAAAACCCAGGCGCCAUAUCUCGUUCACAUCACUAUAAGUGGAGAUGGCAGAGUACUUGGCAGUAACUGCCAAUGCCCCGCAGGCAAAACUAGCUGCAGCCACACUCAGGCCCUCGUUCAAGUUCUUUGUUUACUUCAAGAAAAAGGCUUCCGCGAGGCUCCAGACCACUUAUCAUGUACCGAUUUGCCGCAAGUUUGGAGACGGCCACGUACACAGCCUUUGAAAGCUAGCCGCCUGCAAGGUGUUGACUGGAGGAGAGUUGGUGAUGGUGGCCGAGACUUGCCAUUGCCGAGCCGACUCGACUUAAAGAAGUUGAAGCCAUGCAGCAUAGAAGAGAAGAGGAGCAACGUCAUGCUUUUUGCAAAUGGCUUGGCUGAGGCCGGAGCCGAUAAUAUUUUGGUCAAGGUACUGUCUGCUGCCGACCGGGCACCAGUGUGCGCUGCCAAAUGUGGCACUGUUUUUGAGGGAUCACCUCUGGCGUAUCAACAGCCUUUGACUCCGCAUGGAUUUGAAGUGCUUCUAUGCGAGUCGCUCACAGAAGUUGUGAACUCAAGUGAGCCACCACGACUACCCAAGGAGAUGGUGCCAUUUAUGAACAGCACACAGUGGGCAAUCCCAGGCGAUAUGAAGGAAAAUGAGGAAUGCGUCUUCAAGACAAUUGCGCUCACACCUGUUGAAGCGCAGUUGUUGGAGAAGAACUCCCGACGACAGCGAAAAAGCAUGACUUGGUGCCAAGAAAGGAAGUACCGGCUCACAGCGUCUAACUUUGGCACUGCACUUUUGCGGAGACAAUGGACAGAUAAAGGUCUCAGUAACCUAACGUCAUCAAAGGACCUAUCCAGGGUCCCUGCUGUCAGGUACGGCAUUGGCAACGAGGCAAGGGCAUUACAGCGGUAUGAAGAAGCUUUGAGAAACACGGGCCGGGAUGUUCAGCUUCAGAGUGCCGGGCUGUUUGUUAACCCUGAGUAUCCGUGGCUUGGUGCAUCACCAGAUGCCAUUGUCUAUGAUCCAUCCGAAGAUCAACCAUGGGGGUGUGUCGAAGUCAAGUGCCCGUACAGCUUGAAGGAUUUUGACUCUGAGAAACUUAUGACCGCGAAGGACAUUUGUGUAAAUUUUGACGAUCUGCGGCACCCUUCGUUGAAAGUGGAACACCCGUACUUUGCCCAAGUUAUGGGUCAAAUGGGCAUAACAGAGUUAACGUGGGCAGAUUUUGUCAUUUAUUCAGAUAAGUUUUUGUGUGUGCAAAGAAUCAAGUUUGACUGGAAUGUUUGGAACCAAAUGAGAGUGAAGCUGGAUGAUUUUUAUUUUAGGGUUCUUGUGCCACACUACACCAAGAUAAUGUAAAGUAGCCUCUCUGCAUGGUAGUGCGCCUAUUUUCAUUGUGCGGCCGCUAUAAUGUGGCUUCAUUAGUGUUUCAACCAGCUUCACAGUGCAACUUGUCAUAUUUGUCGUGAGUUCGAGGUGCGUGAAAAGAAGCGACUCUCGAUGUGGCUUGCAAGUAACCAAAAAGCCUUUAUUUCAGAGGCAUCCCGGACGCGCUUAGUAUACAACAGUCGAAAAUGGAGGCGAUCUUGCUCUCCGCAGAAAAAGUCUAUAGAGAAACAGUUUUUUUUUCGGUACGUUUAUUUGACGUGAAUAGUGCUGGUGUCUUGCAAUAAACAAAUUUCACAUUUGGUGCCCAUCGAUUGAUUCAUAGUCUUUCACUAUUGUGGUCUGUAGGUUGCUCAACAGAGCACACACUGCCCACACCUGGUUGAUUAUAGGGCCGAGAGAGAGAGGCACUAUUCUGUCAAAGAUGUGGUAAGUUUUGAUGCGUUGUAUCCUCCUCUCAACGUGAAUGCGGAGAGAUGCAAUAUUUGCUGUUUCUUGUACUUCUGCAGUGCUGAAUUGCUCUCUUGUCAGAAAUGGUGGCAA